UGUCCACCCUCCUGGUCGCACACACUUGACAGGUCAGGGGCAGGGAUCCGGGCUAGGGGACAUGGGGACACAGGGCGCCCCCUUGCGCUCUCCCUUGCGCCUCAGGGCUGGCGGGUGAAGCGCCAGCCGCCGCAGGUCCUCUACAACCCCCUCCUCCUUUUCUCCCCUCCUUCACUCCCCUCGCUCCCAACUCCUCCCCCACCGCCUCUCCCUCCCUCCUUCUGCUCCCUAGAUCUCCUCCUCCCUGCUCUCUCCGGCGCGCCGGGUCUGGAGCUAGUUGGAGCGCGGGGGUUGGUGCCAGAGCCCAGCUCCGCGGAGCCGGGCGGGUCGGCCGCGCAUCCAGCGGUUGCUGGAGGAGUCCAAGCGCAGCGGGCGCGGCCCGGGUCCGGACUGCACCGGAGCGCUGAACCAAGGGCCAGGGACCCUUCCUGCGCGGCCGCCCCAUUCCCAGACGGGCCGCCAGCCCUCCGGCUCGCCGCCACCUCUCGGAGCAAUCAGGACCAGAGAACCGCGGGGAAUCCAGCACCUGCGCGUGCAGCCAGGAGGUCCUCUCCUCAGGCUGUCCCCAGAAGCUGGGACCGCAAAGGCAUCCACCAUGAUGGCACCGAGACCCCUGGUCAUCUUGCUGCUGCUUCCCAGCCUCACCCUGCUGGUAUCUCACCUCUCCAGCUCCCAGGAUAUCUCCAGUGAGUCCAGCGGUGAGCAGCAGCUGUGCAGCCUGAAGGAGCAUCCUACCGUGGCCUUUGAAGAUCUGAAGCCGUGGGUCUCUAACUUCACCUUCCCUGGAGCCCGAGAUUUCUCCCAGCUCGCUCUGGAUCCCUCCAGGAACCAGCUCAUCGUGGGAGCCAGGAACUACCUCUUCAGACUCAGCCUUGCCAAUGUCUCCCUCCUUCAGGCCACCGAGUGGGCCUCCAACGAGGACACACGCCGCUCUUGCCAAAGCAAGGGGAAGACGGAGGAGGAGUGUCAGAACUACGUGCGAGUCCUGAUUGUCGCUGGCCGGAAGGUGUUCAUGUGUGGCACCAAUGCCUUUUCCCCUGUGUGCUCCAGCAGACAGGUGGGGAACCUCAGCCGGACUAUCGAGAAGAUCAAUGGUGUGGCCCGCUGUCCCUACGACCCACGCCACAACUCCACAGCUGUCAUCUCCUCCCAGGGGGAGCUUUACGCAGCCACAGUCAUCGACUUCUCAGGCCGGGACCCGGCCAUCUAUCGCAGCCUGGGCAAUGGGCCACCACUUCGCACAGCCCAGUAUAACUCCAAGUGGCUCAAUGAGCCAAACUUUGUGGCAGCCUAUGACAUUGGGCUGUUUGCAUACUUCUUCCUGCGGGAGAACGCGGUGGAGCAUGACUGUGGGCGCACCGUGUACUCUCGGGUGGCCCGCGUGUGCAAGAAUGACGUGGGGGGCCGCUUCCUGCUGGAGGACACCUGGACCACAUUCAUGAAGGCACGGCUCAAUUGCUCCCGCCCGGGCGAGGUCCCCUUCUACUACAAUGAGCUGCAGAGUGCCUUCCACCUGCCAGAGCAGGACCUCAUCUACGGGGUCUUCACCACCAACGUAAACAGCAUCGCCGCUUCUGCUGUCUGCGCCUUCAACCUCAGUGCCAUCUCCCAGGCUUUCAAUGGCCCGUUUCGUUACCAAGAGAAUCCCAGGGCUGCCUGGCUCCCCAUUGCCAACCCCAUCCCCAAUUUCCAGUGUGGCACCCUGCCAGAGACGGGCCCCAAUGAGAACCUCACAGAGCGCAGCCUACAGGAUGCCCAGCGCCUGUUCCUGAUGAGUGAGGCCGUGCAGCCAGUGACACCUGAGCCCUGUGUCACUCAAGACAGCGUGCGCUUCUCACACCUGGUGGUGGACCUCGUACAGGCCAAGGACACGCUCUACCAUGUGCUCUACAUCGGCACAGAGUCAGGCACCAUCCUGAAGGCGCUGUCCACUGUGAGCCGUGGCCUCCGUGGCUGUUAUCUGGAGGAGCUGCACGUGCUGCCUCCCGGGCGACAAGAGCCCCUGCGCAGCCUGCGAAUCCUGCACAGCGCCCGAGCGCUUUUUGUGGGGCUGAGCGACGGAGUCCUGCGGGUCCCUCUGGAGAGGUGCGCCGCCUACCGCAGUCAGGGGGCAUGCCUGGGGGCACGGGACCCAUACUGCGGCUGGGAUGGGAAGCAGCAACGUUGCAGCACACUGGAGGACAGUUCCAACAUGAGCCUCUGGACCCAGAACAUCACAGCCUGUCCUGUGCGGAAUGUGACACGGGAUGGGGGCUUUGGUCCAUGGUCACCAUGGCAACCAUGUGAGCAUUUAGAUGGAGACAACUCAGGCUCUUGCCAGUGCCGGGCCCGAUCCUGUGACUCCCCCCGGCCCCGCUGUGGGGGCCUCAGCUGCCUGGGUCCAGCCAUCCACAUCGCCAACUGUUCCAGGAAUGGGGCAUGGACCCCGUGGUCUUCAUGGGCACAGUGCAGCACAUCCUGUGGGAUCGGCUUCCAGGUCCGCCAGCGAAGUUGCAGCAACCCUGCGCCCCGCCACGGGGGCCGCAUCUGCGUGGGCAAGGGCCGGGAGGAGCGGUUCUGCAAUGAAAACACCCCUUGCCCAGUGCCCAUCUUCUGGGCCUCCUGGGGCUCCUGGAGCAAGUGCAGCAACAACUGCGGGGGCGGUAUGCAGUCGCGUCGUCGGGCCUGCGAGAAUGGCAACUCCUGCCCAGGCUGUGGUGUGGAAUUCAAGACCUGCAACCCCGAGGGCUGUCCAGAAGUGCGGCGCAACACCCCGUGGACCCCUUGGCUGCCCGUGAACGUGACGCAGGGCGGGGCGCGGCAGGAGCAGCGCUUCCGCUUCACGUGCCGCGCUCCCCUGCCUGACCCCCACGGCCUGCAGCUUGGCAGGAGGAGGACUGAGACGAGGACCUGCCCAGCGGACGGCUCCGGAGCCUGCGACACCGACGCCCUGGUGGAGGAUCUCCUGCGCAGCGGGAGCACGUCCCCACACUCGCUGAGCGGGGGCUGGGCUGCCUGGGGCCCCUGGUCGUCCUGCUCCCGGGACUGCGAGCUGGGCUUUCGCGUCCGCAAGAGAACGUGCACCAACCCGGAGCCCCGCAGUGGAGGCCUGCCCUGCGUGGGCGACGCCGCCGAGUACCAGGACUGCAACCCGCAGGCUUGCCCAGUGCGGGGUGCCUGGUCCUGCUGGACCUCGUGGUCCCAAUGCUCAGCCUCCUGCGGUGGGGGCCACUAUCAGCGCACACGUUCCUGCACCAGCCCUGCUCCCUCUCCAGGUGAGGACAUCUGUCUCGGGCUGCACACGGAGGAGGCACUAUGUGCCACACAGGCCUGCCCAGAAGGCUGGUCACCAUGGUCUGAGUGGGGUAUAUGCACCGAAGAUGGAGCCCAAAGCCGAAGCCGGCACUGUGAGGAGCUUGUUCCAGGGCCCAAUGCCUGUGCUGGAAACAGCAGCCAGAGUCGCCCCUGUCCCUACAGCGAAAUUCCUGUAAUCCUGCCUGCCUCCAGUGUGGAGGAGGCCGCCAGCUGUGGAGGGUUCAGUCUUAUCCACCUGGUGGCCACCGGCGUUUCCUGCUUCCUGGGCUCUGGGCUCCUGACCUUGGCGGUGUACCUGUCUUGCCAGCACUGCCAGCGUCAGUCUCAGGAGUCCACACUCGUCCAUCCUGCCACCCCCAAUCACCUGCACUACAAGGGUGGGGGCACCCCCAAGAAUGAGAAAUACACUCCCAUGGAGUUCAAGACCCUGAACAAAAAUAACCUGAUCCCUGAUGACAGAGCCAACUUCUACCCACUACAGCAGACCAAUGUAUACACGACCACCUACUACCCCAGCCCGCUGAACAAGCCCAGCUUCCGGCCUGAGGCCUCACCUGGACAGCGGUGCUUCCCCAACAGCUGAUCCUACCAUCCUGGGACUUGGGCUCCUUGCCUUCCCAAGGCACAGAGCAGUGGAGAUGGGACCGUGGAGCCACUUUGGUUUUCUCCCUCUGCACUAGGCCAAGAACUUGUUGCCUGGCCUGUGGGGAUCCAAUCUGGCUUCAGAGAGCCCUGGCUGGCGGUGACCAUGGGGGAGAGGGCUGGCUUCAGGGCCGGCACAUGGCUGCAGAUCCAGCUUAGCCCAGGUCUCUCAUGGCCUCCUUGUGACCACCAUCAUGAUGACCCUCCCCUGCCAUGUUUGAGCUACAGACCUACUGGGCACGUGAGGAAUUGAGAAGAGUGGAGAUGGCAGUGUCAGGAGGGCAGGCUGUUGGGUUGGGGUUGCGUUGGAAAUGACUUCCAGUGGCUGCCACAGCCAAGUCUGACCCUCUGUGGCUGGCCGGAAGAAAGGCCUUGUCUACAUUCAGAUUGUCUCUGAAAAGAACUUAUCAAAUGGCCCAGUAGCUCUGGAUCUCUGCCCAGUGCUGGACCAUUGUGGUGCUGCCCCAGUAUGACAUAGGGGACCAGUGCUGGCCCAGGUGGUCUGCCUUGGCCUAGCUAUUUGUAUUUCACCCAGGGAUAUUCCUCUGGUCAGAGGCAGUAAGAACUGGGAACCAGAGGCUGGUCUUUUCUGAGAAGCCCUUUAACCUGACCUAGUACAGGUCUCAGCCUUGCCCAGAAGAAACAAAAGGUGGCCUGGGAGGAAGGAAGGCUCAGUACCAUAAGAGGCAAAGUCUGGCCUUUGUAUCCCUAUAGAGAUCAUCUUCCAGUUGCUGCUAAGCAGAGUCGUUAGCUGAGACCUGCUUGGGAGUCUAUGCUGGCCUCUCAUCUCUUCAGGAACACACACACACACACACACACACACACAAGCGCAUGUGCGCGCACACAGUCACCAUCUGCUACAGCAACAGAAAGGAUGUUGGACUGUGGCAUUAUUAAUUAAAGAUGAUAUCCAGUCUCCAAAUGUAACUCUGUCUUUGCGCAUAUGUGUGUGGGCCCCUCUUGGCAUGGUCCUGGCCAUUAGAACAAUGCUCCGGGGUAACAGAUGGCUUCUCAAGGUGGAGGAAAUGACCCAAGUAGAGUGUGACUUUAAUAGGGGAUAUCUUUCCAUAUGUGGGUUUAUGUACACAUGCACACAUAUUGUCCUAAUCCUUUUUUUGAAAAAGAGGUUGGGAAUAAACAAAUUCACAAAUGGGGACACAGAGCACACCAAAGGCAAGUGACAGGAGAGAUUUAUGCGUGUUACCUCAGCAGCUUUUCCUGGCAAUAUCUCCAGGGUGGAGAUGGGGGAAUCCUGCAGGAAAGUAUUGAUGAGGGUUAUUUUAUGAGAUAGCUUCAGUGCUGAGCUUAAUAAAACCAAAUUGGGAAGCGAGUAAACCUGUGAAGUGGGGGAAGCCUAAUAUAGUUUCUGUUGGAUUAAAUAAAAAUAACCUUAAAGCUUCAGCCCACCAAAUCAAUGCUGCCAUUUUGGAUGAGAUUGAUGGACAUGUUAAAUUUAGAGAGCAAUUUCCUAACUUAAUUGGCUGGAUCAAUUCUCCUAAGAUUCCCAGCAGAAUCUAAUUGUAGAUGGGCUAUAAAGCCUAUGAUCUGAGGGUUGGAGGAAGUGGAGGCCCUUGGGAGUGGAGGCAGAAGCACUUGAAGCUUGAAGGUGCCUGAAGUAGAGGAGGGGGAGGAACAGAGCCUUCCUGGAGGUCUUCCUGCUUACCUGAGACAGAAAUGGGCGGCAUCCCCAGAGCCCAAGGGGAGCCCAAUCAGAAAAACCUCAGGAAAUGUGAAUAUCUGCUGCUUUGGGAUUGCUAUUUCCUGUUAGCCUCCACAGCUGAUAGGGGGCAGUGGGGACAUUUUAGAUCCUGGGAUCUCCGAUUCCUUUGGGCCUGUUGGCAGCCAAAGAAGUUCAAAAGUGUUAUAGGAUAUAGGGUCCAGGUGUCCACCUCUCAGGGCAUUCAGGGUAUGUUAAGUCUUAAGGACUAGAAAGUUUAUGUAUAGUCAUGAGAAUUCCUAGGGAAUGCCCACCACCUAUUGUUGGAAUGGCAUCAAUGGGAAUGUAAACCUUUGGCAAUACACACACGCACUCAAACACACACACAAACACACACUAAAUUUUCUGGAAACACAGGCUUUGAAAAGCAUGACCAUUCAGAAUCUAUUGAGAGGCUCCACACUGUAUGCAGAUGAGCUGGCAUGGUUGCCAAAGACUUUAGUAACCAGCUCUGUCCCAGAAUUAAGGACCCUCAGAGUGCUUCUGGAAAAGGAGGGUGUGGUGGUCUGAGUGUGAAAGGCAAGUGGGCUUCCUCUGCCAGAGGCAGAUGCAGGAUCUAGAGCUCCAGGCCUUCUUGGACAGUUUUGUGUUGAGAGAGAGAGAGAGAGCGAGAGCGAGCGAGCAUUUUCUUAUGAUUAAAGCCAUACAUAUUCAUUGCAGAAAAUUUAGAGAAUGGAGGUUAUAGAAAUCUUAUCACGAUUAUACAAAAAUCUAAGGCAGAGACUUAGGAAUUUUAAAUGAUGUUGUAAAGAUAUUUCUUCCAUUUUUUUUCAAAAUCCCCCAAAACAGAAUAAAACACAAAAGUUAUGUCACUGUUUUCAAUAAAGCUAAGAUGUAACUAUAA